AUGGGGAGCAGCAGUGACAAGAAGCGCAAGCUUGUCUCGAACGACGCGGAGCCUGUUGAGCCUGAAGUCAAGAAGGCGAAGAAGGACAAGAAGGACAAGAAAUCGAAGCGCAAGGCCGUUGAGGAUGUCGACAAUGUUCCUUCUGUCGAGGAUGUUGCUCCUGCUCAGGAUGAUGUGAAGGUCAAGGAGAAGAGCUCCAAGAAGGACAAGAAGGACAAGAAGGAGAAGCGGAAGCACAAUGAGGAUGCUGAGUCUGCUCCAGCUGAAGAGAUGGACGUGGAUGGAGAGAAGAAGGAGAAGAAGGAAAAGAAAGAAAAGAAGGAGAAGAAAGAAAAGAAGGAGAAGAAGGAGAAUAAAAAGCACAGCAAAGAGAAAGGCGACAUCAUCACGACACAAACAGACACCAACGCCGAGACCAGCAAUGGCGUGACUGAGCCAGCCGCGGAAGCGGAGGGUGCAGCCAGCCAGAAAGGCAAUCGGUUCAUUGCAUUCGUUGGUGCGUGGACGAAUUUCCUUUCAUUGUUCUGCGACUCGAUCCGCGAAACUAACUAUUUGGGUCAUACAGGAAAUCUCCCAUACUCAGCCAACUUGGAAUCCCUGACCAAACACUUCGAGAAGAACCCGCCAGCGGCAAUACGCGUCGCCACGAAAAAGGAAGACAGCCGCAAGUGCCGCGGCUUUGCGUUCAUUGAGUUCGACAACUUCGACCGCAUGAAAACCUGUCUCAAGUUGUACCACCACUCCAUGUUCGAUGACGGCAAGUAUCCGGCGCGGCGCAUUAAUGUCGAGUUGACUGCCGGUGGAGGCGGCAAAUCCGACCACCGCCAAGCGAAGAUCAAGGCCAAGAACGAGAAGCUGAAUGACGAGCGCCAGCGCGACGCGAAAAAGAUCCAGAAGGACAAGAAGAAGCACAUCACGCCUGCGCAGCAGGGUAACGGUGGCACCGGCGCCAAUGCGGUUGGUGAUGGUCAAGGCGAGGAUAUGUAUGCGAAUGUGCAUCCGAGUCGGAGACCGCGCAUGCAUUAA